AUGCCUAUAGGCGAAAUCAUUCUCACUGCUUUUAUUAAGGUAUUGUUUGAGAAGUUGGCCUCAAUUGACCUACUGAACUUUGCUCGUCAAGAGCAGGUUCACACUCUCUUCAAGAGAUGGAGUGGAGAAUUAAUUGAAAUUCAGGCAUUCUUGGAUGAUGCGGAGGAGAAGCAAAUAGAAAAUAAAGCCGUGAAAAUGUGGCUGGAGGAACUCACUGACCUAGCUUAUGAUCUGGAUGACAUACUAGACGAGUUUGCCACUGAAGCUUUACAGCAUAAGUUAACAGCAAAGUCCCAAGCAGCCAGCACAAGCAAGAGCAAGCUACAAGCCAUGAUACCUACAUGUUGUAAAGGAUUCAAUGCAACAACACUUUUGUCCAAUUUUAUGAAGAGUUCCACUUCCAAGAUAGAGGAAAUCACUGCCAGAUUGCAGAGUAUUUUUGAAAGAGGAAGUCAACUUGGUUUACAAAACAUUGCUGCAGGAGAAUCUACUAAAGCUUGGCACAGACCACCAUCUACAUCAUCUUUCAUAAAUGAACGUUGUAUAUAUGGCAGAGACAAGGAGAAAAAGGACAUAAUUGAUUUUCUCUUAAGGGAUGAGUCAAAUGAUAGCAAAGUAGGUGUAAUACCCAUUGUUGGUAUGGGUGGGCUUGGCAAGACCACCCUUGCACAGAUGGUAUACAAUGAUGAAGUGGUGAACAAGCAUUUUGAUUUGAAAGCAUGGGUCUGUGUUUCUGAUGAAUUCGAUACUAUGAGAAUAUCGAAAGUAAUUCUUGAAUCUAUUACUUCCAAGGCUUGUGAAUUUAAAGAAUUGAAUCAAGUUCAAGUUCAAUUAAAGCUGAAUUUGAUUGGAAAGAAGAUUUUAAUUGUUUUAGAUGAUGUAUGGGACAAAAAAUACAAUGAUUGGAAUGUUUUGAAGGGCCCCUUUAAUGAUGGAGUCCUAGGAACUAAGAUAAUUGUAACAACUCGUGACAAAGAUGUUGCAUCGAUUAUGGGAACCAUUCCAAACCAUUUAUUGCAGCGUCUAUCGGAUGAUGAUUGUUGGUCAGUGUUUGAAUAA